GAUGCAAACACAAAAGAGAAAAAGCAGACCCCAAGUGAGAAAAUACCUAAAGUGGGUGAGAAAACAAGCCCGAGCAAAGGAGCUGAGGCUGCCACGAUGACAGAGGGUGSUGUGGCUGCAGCAGAAAGUCCCAAGCACAAAAAGGAACAAAGGAACCAGAAACCUGUGGAAAAGAGUAAAGAAAGCUCUGUGAACCGGGAUGAUGGUGUUACAGUGUAUUUCCAUGCAAUAUUAUCCAAAGACUUUAAACUCAACCCUGACACCCAUAAAGUGUUCAUCAAAGCUCAGGACAUUCCUGGCUACACCAACUGGGAGGACAAAGUCUGUGAGCUGAACUGCACCCGGCAUCUGGGAGAGCAUGGAUACCUCAUUGAAGGUGCUGUAACUCUCACCAAAGACAUCCUGGAAAAAURCAUUCCUUACAAGUACUGGGUGAGCUGUGGGAAGGGCGAAUAUGAGUUCAUUUACAAGAAUUCAGAAUCCAAAACUCCCGUGAAUCGCUGCUUAUUGAUAACAAGGCCCUUACUCAACAAUGGAGAGUGGCACCAGUACGAUGACAUCGUGUGUGCAAAGCCUUCCAGGAUAAAAAACUUCUGGCAGACAUGGACUGGGGAUAAAAACAAGGAACUGGUGGAAGGGAAGAAAAUAGCUGCCARUGUUAUGUUGGAAAGUAUCUUCAGCAUUCUUGGAACCUGGAGUGCUGACAACCUGAGGAACUUCUUCUGCCAGCUGAGACAGUUCCACUACGUUGCUGUAGCCCAGCGGGUGUUUGAUGGUGGGCCUAUGCUGUGGUUAGAGCUGAACUUCAACGCAGAGCAGGUGAACGAYUUGCUGAUGAAAYACAUGAAGAAAAUAGCUCUCCCUUUCCUUGCACCCGAAGCACCUCCGGAGGACAGAGUCAUCAAAAGCAAACUGGCUCUGGGGCUCACCAUUCUCUUGGUAUUUGAGRACUUUUCACUUCCAGCAGUUAAAGGUGACCUGGAUGACCUGUGCAGCCUCCUGUGCUUGGAUCAGGUGUCCCAACAAGAGGUGCAGAAUGAGAUUGAUCACAUCAAGCAGGCUUUUGCAGGAGUGACCAACUUGAAGGUUGACCUGACCAACCUGUGCCAGAGGUGCAUUGAAGGUGACACAGAGCGGUGGGUGUGGAUCCUUCCCCUCCUGCACUCCAUUGCUGCUCCCCAUCAGGAGCAUGGACCACUGGAGGARGAUGUUUGGGCAGGGCUGGAAGGGCUCCCCUUUGCUGAAACCAGGAGGAAGCAAAAUGCAGUGACCCUGCUGGAACGAAUGAGAGAAAAGAAGUACUUGAUGGAAUUUGAUGAGACUCUGGUCAAGUCCUGGCUCUGUGUGCUGCCCCUGGGGAACCUGGCUGAGUUCAUCAAAGACUUCUCCAGUGAUUUGUUGGUUACUCUGCAAGGUGUUUUGUACAGAUUGGAGAAUGUGGAUCUCUCGUGGAACUUUCAGCGUCAGGAGGUAGAGCAGAUUCUGAAGGCAGUGCUGUGUGCCUUGGAUGAGCCCCCAGCCAGAGCUCUGGGAGCCCGUUCUUGGCUGUGCUGCUUGUCCUGCUGCCUCAAGCUGCACGAGAGGCUCUGCAAGAAUGUCAGGAGUGUGAGCUGGUUCCUGAUCCCUGCCACUGCUGCCAUCCUCAUUGCCAGGGUGGCCCAACUUCAGCCCUCAGCAGUUCCAGGGGAUGCUGUGCAGGARGUUCCAGAAAUGCUGAGUAGAGCUCUGAGAGAUACUCGAACCUGGUUCAGAAACACUUUAAAACAGAAGUUACUGAAGGAGUACCUGGAGCACGUCACCUUCUCUUCCCCUUCUGAGCUGCGGGCCUGGGAUAGGUUUGUGAAGAUCAGCUUUCCAGAUGAGCAGUUCACCCAGACAUGGAGGGACACUUUACUCGCAGAUCUGAAGAGAAGAAUCCAGCAGGAGACUCCAAUGAACCAAAUCUUGGUGUACUGUUGUCAGCACUACCAAAUCAAACAGGUGGAGCCUUCCAUUGACUGGUGCUUCCAGAACUGUGCCACAGAGGCUGUGACUGCAGCUUGCCAGAUGCAGAACAAUAUCCUGGAGAARAUCUCUGCCUACAACCUGGGCCAGUUCAGCCAGCUCGUGUCUGCUGUCAUCGUGAAGUCRUGGCCCAUCAGGGCUGGGCAGAAUGAGGAGGAUUUUGAUAAAAUUCUGCACCAUCUGCUCACGUGGCCUGACAUCAAACACAUCUUCAGCUUUAAUGGAGCAAACAGAAACUUCUUAGACAAACUCACAGAGGAAGCCAAGGAUGUCAUGGCCACAGCAGACUCUGUGCUUACGAGUGUCACCGAUGACAUCCACAUGGGCUGUGUCCUUGUGAGRCACCUGGAAGAGGUUUUCCAGCAUAAGGAGCAGUUCCUCUGCAUUUGGGAGACAAAGCACCAGCAAUGCUCGAGUGAGGAGAAGGAGCUGCUCCAGAGAAGCAGGAAAGAACUGCUGGAGUCGAGGCAUGAAGAAGUCACACUGCUCAGAAGAGARAAAAAAGCMAUAGGAACCUUCCUSGGCAUGUGCAGGAAGGUGCACAAGUCUGUGAAAGUGGAUGUGACUGAAGUGGAAUUUCAACACUCGAAAGAUCUCAGUUCRAAAAGACUGAAUCAAGUUGUGAGUGUGGGAAGGAGACCCCUGCAGACCUUCUACAACCUGAGCCCAGAGCUGAAAGGAUUUAUCCACAAAAUGCACGCUUUUAAGGACAGCCGGAUCUUCCAGCAGUUCUGGGAGGAAGCAGCACAGAAGGCAGGAGAGGAGUAUGAGUGUGAUUAUUCAGAGGAGGAGGAGAACGAGGAGGAGGAGGAGGAGGAGGACACUGUUCCUGAGCUGGACCUUGAAGAUGUUUUGAACAGCAUGAUCCGCCCUUGCUUUGCCAACUAUGAAAUGCUGUAUGAUGAGCUCAGAUCAGGSAGUCUCACACUUUCUGCAGUCGAUAGAAUUUUCCAUGAAUUCACAAAUCAUCCUGAAGAUCUCAGAGCAGAGCUGAACACCAUCUGUGGGCUUUGGUCCACAGAGGAGCAGGGCUGGGUUGACCAGCGAGUCCAGCAGAUCCAGCAGUACCAYGAAAUGUAUUUAACCUUUGAUGCUGCCAAGAUCAUCGCCCAUGUUAAAGAAAGUUUAGGCCUCUCUGGUGACUUCAGUAUCCUGGAAAACCUGUUGCAUAUAACAGAAAAGCUUGAAUCCUACAAGACCCAGAAGCUGGAUUCCAUCAGCCCUGAGCUCGUGCAAGCCAAGAAGCUGCUGCAGGGGAUCACUGUGCCCCGCCGUGGCUGCCUGARGGAGCUGGCCCAGCAGAAGGAAUUCGUCUGCUGGGUCAGGGAAGCUCUGAAAGAUAUCAAUGAGCUGAAGGUGUUUGUUGACCUGGCGUCCAUCUCGGCGGGGGAGAAUGACAUGGAUGUGGACAGGGUGGCCUGUUUCCAUGACACYGUGCACGGCUACUCCUCCCUGCUCUAUGAGCUCCGCCCGGACUCGGGCUUCGAGGACUUCAUGUGCUGCUUGCAGAAGCUGUGGCGAGCCCUGGACAGCGAUGAGAACCUCCCCAAGAAACUGCGUGCCUCAGCUCAGCACCUGGAGUGGCUGAAGACAGUGAAGGAGAGCCAUGGCUCCGUGGAGCUGUCCUCGCUGUCCCUGGCAGCUGCCAUCAACAGCAGAGGGGUCUAUGUGCUCAGAGCCCCAGCUGAUGGACAGAAGGUCUCCCUGGACACUGUCCUGCGCUUCACCCUGCCGGGGAGCUCGGGGGAUGCCGAUGCCUCCUGGAAGUACUCGCUGGCGGAGCUCCGCGAGCUGCAGAACAAACUGAUGCUCAUGUCAGCCAAGGGRGAGCAAGGCCUGGAGGUGGAGAGGUUCUCUGAGGUCUUUUCCAAUGUCCAGAGACUUGCCCAGGCCUUUAUAGACCUUUACUCAGCUGGGAACAUGCUUUUCCGCUCCUGGCUUGCCCAGGUGUAUUGCUCACCCGAAAGAGAAUCCUGUGUUCUUAUCGACUUCUCCCUGGGUGCCAUCCCGGUGCUGGAAGGACAAGGGGAUAUGGCAGCUGUGCUCCCAGCCCUCUGCAAGACCAUGGAGAGUUUCCUGGAGAGCUGGAAAAGCUUCAUGUACRCCAAGCGCUUCGAGCAUUUCUACCUCAACUACUACAGCGCGGAGCAGCUGGUGUACCUGUGCUCGGAGCUGGGGCAGGGCCAGCCCAGCCAGGCAGCGCUCAUGAUGCUGUCCUUCCUCAGCCGUGGCUGCAGCGAGCACGAGCUCCUGGCAGUUCUGCAGAGCCAGGAGCCUGCCAGCUCUGCAAAGGUUGGUUCUGAUUUCCAAGUGCUGCUGGAUGGGGAGAAGGAGCUGAGUGCCCGGCUGGAGCGCAUCUGGGAGUGCUACAUGAGCAACAUGGGCUCCUUCCUGCCCCGCUGCCUGGACAUCGACACGCUGGGCGUGUGGCUCAAGAACCUGGCUGCUGCAGGCAGGGAACGUGUCAGCAGAGAUUUCCCUCAGGACCUGCUGUGCGUGGGCCAGCCCAACCUCAUCAGCUGCCCUCCCUGCGAGGUGCUGAGCGCUGCCCUGGCCAUUUACAUGAACAGCCCCGAGCAGCCCCUGCCCACCUUCGACGAGGUUCUGCUGUGCACCCCCCAGACCAGCGCCGAGCAGGUGGGGCUGUUCCUGCGCCGGUGCCUCAUYCCCUGCCACGCAGGGGACAAGAUUUACACCAUGCUCUACGCGGAUGAGCUGAGCUACGACGUCAGCUGCAGGGCAGAGGAGCUGUUCCAGCAGCUGCAGCGCUACAACAGCUCCUACCGCCUCAUCAUCCUGUGCAACUGCGAGCGGGACAACAGCUACAUCCCCUCUGCCUUCAGCCACUACAAAGUGCACAUGAUUCCCCAGAGGGCACGAGCAGAGAUCCAGCAGUACCUGCAGCAGCACUUCCGAGUGGCUCAUCCUGUCAACUCGGCUGCGUCCGUGUUCAAGGAGCACAUGUGUGUUGGGAUUGUGUCCUCCAAAAGGGCUGGMGUGGGGAAAUCUCUGUAUGUGAAGAGGCUGCAUGAGAGACUGCAAGAAGAGCAGCCUGACUGUACAGACCUUCUGAAAACCAUCAGACUAAUUGAACCAGAAGUGGAUGAAGACAAAGUGCUAAAAGCUCUCCUGCCUUACCUAAAGAGAGAACACCAGACAAARCCCAUGAUAUUCCAUUUCGAUAUCACCUCCUCAGUGCAGCGUGGAGUUGCAGAGUUUCUCUUCAAGCUGUUGGUUUUGCAGUACCUGACAGACAAUAAUGGCAAUAUGUGGCUACGGCAGAAGUGCCAUCUGUACAUCAUUGAAAUCCUGGAGGUGUCCCCAGUGCCAAGGAAAGCAGCCAGACCUACAUCAGCAAGCCAGAAGUAUCACUUCUUGGAUGUGUUCCCUAAAAUAACAUGCAAGUCUCCGAAAGAAGUGCUGGAAAUGGAGACACUCGGGAACCAUUCUGGGGAUGUUUCGGACCCAGGAAUGGACAAGGAGGAAUUCUGCAGCGAGGCUUUCCAGAGGCCUUUCCAGUACCUGAAGAGGUUUGAGCGGGGCUGUGACCUGGACACGUUCCAGUACGAGGCUCUCUCGGUGGAGGGCAGCCCUGCRGAAUGUCUGCAGCUUUUCCUCCUGCACUGUGGUGUUGUGGAUCCCUCCUGGGCAGARCUCCGCAACUUCACCUGGUUCCUCAACGUCCAGCUGAGAGACUGCGAAGCUUCUGUCUUCUGCAACCCUGCCUUUGUCCAGGACACCUUGCGCGGCUUCAAGAACUUUGUGGUUGGCUUCAUGAUUUUAAUGGCGCGGGAUUUCGCGACGCCCUCCCUGAACAUUUCUGACCAAAGUUCGGGAAGACGAUCCUGCCACCUGGACAACGUCGCGGAGGAGGAUCUGCUUCCUUUCCGCAUCCGGAAGAAGUGGGAGUCGGAGCCACACCCCUAUCUGUUUUUCAACGAGGAUCGUGUCUCCAUGACAUUCAUUGGUUUCCAUUUCCAGCAGAACAGGAAUCGCAUCGAUGCCAUCAAUCCUGUGAAUGGCAGCGUCAUCAAGCAGRACAUCAUGAGUGCCCAGCUCUACCAAGGCUUGAUCCUGCAGAGGGUUCCCUUCAACGUGCCCUUCGAUCAGCUGCCCCGCCAGGAGAAGCUCGAGAGGCUCUGCAUGGUGCUGGGGCUGCCCUGGGUGUUUGACCCCGACGAGACGUACGAGCUCACCUUGGACAAYGUGCUGAAAAUCCUGGCCAUCGAGAUGCGCUUCCGCUGCAACAUCCCGGUGGUCAUCAUGGGAGAAACGGGCUGYGGGAAAACCCGCCUGGUGAGGUUCCUGUGCCAGCUGCGCAGGAGCUUUGUGGAGGUGGAGAACAUGAAGCUGGUCAAGGUGCACGGAGGUACCACGGCAGAGAUGAUCUAUGCCAGGAUCAGGGAAGCAGAAGCCCUGGCUAAAUCCAACAAGGAGCAGCACAACUUGGACACGGUCCUCUUUUUCGACGAAGCCAACACGACGGAGGCGGUGAGCAGCAUCAAGGAGGUUCUGUGUGACCGCACGGUGCAGGGAGAGCCUUUGGCUGCUGCCUCUGGCCUGCAGAUCAUCGCAGCCUGCAACCCCUACCGCAAACACACGGACAGGAUGAUCCAGCGCCUGGAGCUGGCCGGGCUGGGCUACCGGGUCAAAGCCGACGACAGCAGGGAGAAGCUGGGAUCCAUCCCGCUGAGACAGCUCGUGUACCGCGUGCACGCGCUCCCGCCCAGCAUGAUCCCGCUGGUGUGGGAUUUCGGCCAGCUCAACAACCGCACCGAGAAGAUGUACAUCCAGCAGAUCGUGCAGCGCGUGGCCGAGCAGCUGCCCAUGGCCAGGGACGAGGUGGGGACGGUCACGGAGGUGCUCUUUGCCUCCCAGCAGUACAUGAGGCGGAGGGACGACGAGUGCAGCUUCGUCAGCCUGCGGGACGUGGAGCGCUGCAUGGAGGUGUUCAAGUGGUUCUACAAACACAGCCAGCUGCUGCUGAGGGAGCUGGAGAGGUACCUGGCCGAGAGRAAAGCUCCCAAGGGCAGCGGCGACAGAAACGGCGUUAUCUGGUCCUUGGUGCUGGCGGUCGGGGUCUGCUACCACGCGUCCCUGGAAAGGAAGGAGCCGUACAGGAAUGCCAUCAGCCAGGUCCUUCCAAAGCCUUAUGAUAGCCAGAAAAAGAUUUUGGAAGAAAUCUCCCUGAUGCAGGACUUAUUCCUGAGCGGGGUGCCACUCCGGGAUACCAUAGCAAGGAACUUGGCCUUGAAGGAAAAUGUCUUUAUGAUGGUCAUCUGUAUUGAGCUGAAAAUCCCUCUYUUUCUCGUCGGGAAGCCUGGGAGCUCCAAAUCCCUUGCAAAAACCAUCGUGGCUGAUGCUAUGCAAGGCCAAGCAGCUCAUUCUGAUCUAUUCAAGGACCUGAAGCAGAUCCAUCUCGUGUCUUUUCAGUGCAGCCCCCUCUCCACUCCAGAGGGAAUCAUAGGCACUUUCAAGCACUGUGCUCGAUUCCAGGAGGGGAAGAACUUGGAGGAGUAUGUGUCAGUGGUGGUUUUGGAUGAGAUUGGGCUGGCAGAAGACUCUCCCAAAAUGCCCUUGAAGACUUUGCAUCCGCUCUUGGAGGAUGGCUGCAUAGAUGAUGUUCCUCUUCCCCACAAAAAGGUUGGCUUCAUCGGGAUUUCCAACUGGGCUUUGGACCCYGCUAAGAUGAACCGAGGCAUCUUUGUGUCCCGUGGGGACCCCAGCAGAGAGGAGCUCAUCGAGAGCGCCAAGGGCAUUUGCUGCUCGGCACGAGGGGCUCURCAGAAGGUCGAGCAGUAUUUCCAUCACUUUGCUGAUGCAUAUGAAAAUAUUUGUAAGGCCCAAGACAGGGAGUUCUUUGGCCUGCGUGACUACUACAGCCUCAUMAAGAUGUUUUUUGCCUUGGCUAAGAGCUCCAAAAGUGAGCCCACACCUCAGGACAUCGCUGAAGUGGUUCUCCGUAACUUCGGUGGCAAAGAUGACGUCAACGCCUUGGAAAUAUUCACCUCCAAGCUGCUAGAAAAAGGAGAGAUACAUGCUCACGACAUCAGCAGGAUUGAGCUGAUCCGACAGAACAUCUACAGCAGUGCUGAGGACGGGGACUGCAGGUACCUGCUYGUGUUGACCGAGAACUACGCGGCGCUGCAGAUCCUCCAGCAGGCUUUUUUCACYGCCCGCCAACAGCCAGAAAUCAUCUUCGGCUCCAGUUUUCCUAAGGACCAAGAAUACACCCAGAUAUGCAGGAACAUCAACCGAGUGAAGGUCUGCAUGGAAACCGGCCAGAUGGUCGUKCUCCUCAACUUGCAGAACCUCUACGAGAGCCUCUACGACGCCCUCAACCAGUACUACGUGUACCUGGCCGGGCAGAAGUACGUGGAUCUGGGGCUGGGCACGCACCGCGUCAAGUGCCGGGUGCACCCCAAAUUCCGCCUGAUCGUCAUCGAGGAGAAGGACGUGGUGUACAAGCACUUCCCCAUCCCGCUGAUCAACCGGCUGGAGAAGCACUACCUGGACAUCAGCACGGUGCUGGACGUGGGGCAGAGGGAGGCGGUGCGGGAGCUGCAGCGCUGGGUGCGCGAUUUCGCGGCGGUCAGCACGGAGGAACACUUCGUGGGCCAGCAGCGCUACGGGCCGGCCGACGCCUUCGUGGGCUACCACGCCAACACCUGCGCCUCGCUGGUGCUGCAGGGCACGGAGCUGCUGCGGCCGGCUUGUGUCCCCGCCGAGCUGCUGGCCCGUGUCACCGAGUGGGCGCGCCUGGCGCUGCUCAACUGUGCCACCCCCGACGCCGUCAUCCGCCUGUGCCACGCGCCGGGGGCGUUCACCGCGCACUCGCUGGCACACGUCUACUUCAGGCAGCAGCAGCACACGUCCUUCGCCGACUUCCUCCGUGCCCACGUGUGCCAAGGGGCAGCACCCCGGAGCGCCUUCACCGAGGUCACCACCUUCUCMCGGCUGCUCACCAGUGCUGAUGCCGCCUGCCUGGAGAGGGAGGUGCAGGGCCAGGYCCAAAGGCUCCAAAUCCUGUUCCUGCAGCAGUUUGACACCGAGUACUCCUUCCUGAGGGGCAUUCGGGAUUUCCUGGAUUCCAGCUCAGGAAAUAAAGUCCUCAUUAUUCAGACAGACUUUGAAGAUGGCUCUCAGGAUGGCCAGCUCAUCGCCUCAGCCAAGUACACCGUUGUGAACGAGAUCAACAAGCUGGACCUGGGAGAAGCGUCUGUCUUUGUUUACUUCAUCAUGAAGCUUUCCAGGGUGGAAGGAGGAACGUCCUACGUGGGAUUCCAUGGAGGGCUGUGGCASUCAGUGCACAUAGACGACCUCCGCAGAUCCAAGGACAUGAUCUCUGAUUUGACAGCCCUGCAGAACCUCACCAUCAGCCAGGUGUUCUCUGAGGAUGCAGCUGAGCCCAAAGCUGCAGCUCUGCCUGCGAAUGGAGAGGCACAGGAGGAAGAGAUGGAGGUUGACACACCAGAGCCAGGAGCAGAGCACUGUGAGGGUGAGAUCCUGGACACCACUGUGCUGCUGAGGACCUGUGUGCAGAGUGCUGUGGGGAUGCUGCGGGACCAGAACCAAGACCUGAGUCGAAGCAGGAGGAGAAUUAAGAUUCUCCUUGGCCUUUUUUCCAAAGAGGAUGAGCUGAAAGCCUCUUUCCUGAAGAUAACCAAGGCUCGUCUCUCCAGCCUGUUGAAGAAGCAAGAAGAGAACUCUCUUCACCCCAAAAAUUGGGUGCUUCGGGAGGCUUCCAACCUGAGUGCUCUGCAGGAGGCAGGUACCUUCAGGCACACUCUGUGGAAGCGAGUGCAGAAGGUGAUCACCCCAUUCCUGGCUCUCCUGAUUGCUGUCAUCGACAGGAAUGGCAACCUGGAGCUGCUGGCCAGGCCCWCAGCACAGUGGGUGACAAACCUGUGGAUGUUCAUCUUCAGUGACACCAAAUUCCUGAGUCCUGGUGCAUUCAUGACCUUUUAACCCCCCAGCCCUCAGCCAGAGAUCAUCCUGGUGCAGAACAACAUGAUGGUGUCUGCUGAUGCUGGCAAUGAGAUGCCCUUCAGCUGGAGGAUAAAGGAGUACCUGGAAGAGAUGUGGUUGGAGGCUCAGUACAUCCAAAACACUGAAGGCCAUGCUGAGAAGUUUGUGGAUUACUUCCAGAAAACUGCCCUAGGAAAAUUCAUCUCUGCUCUGACUGAGGAAGAAAGGCAGAGGCUCUUCCAGUGCUACAUCACAGACUUUAUAGUCUUGACCAUCAGUGUGUCCUCCCAGGAGGAGCUGCAGUGUCUGCGCAUGGCGUUCAUGUCCUGCAUCGAGGAGUGGGUGGCACAGUGCCCCCAGAGAGAGGAGCAGGUGCCCUGCCUGCCCUGGGCACACCUGGCAUACAGCCAGUUCAAGAGCCGCCUGCAGAACUUCUCCAGGAUCCUGGCUGUGCAGCCCCGUGUGCUUGGCUUCCUCCUGAGCAAGGAAAGAUGUCCAGUUCAGCACUCAGAGAUGAUUCUGGAUGUGCUGGCUGCCAUGGUGUGUGCUGAGGAGCUGGAGAGCCAGGUGCACAAAGCACCCCCAGAGCUGUGGCUGCAGAGAGUGAAGAAUCUUCAAAUGCCCAUUGAAUUCCUGUGCMAAGAGGAGGGUGCCCAGCGCAGGGGCAGUCGGUGCCAUCAGCUGCUCAGGGAGCUCAGAUCCUGCUGGAACAGGGUGUUUGCCAUGGCGCUCUUUGUGGAGCAUGUCGUGUUUGGCAUCCACACUGCCAUGCCAGAAUUCAAGAGUUUGGUGACAAAGUACACUUUGCUUCUUGCMAAGUGUUUUCAGCACGAUUCAGACAUGAAGUCUCAUCCCACCUUUGUUGCAGUGAUGACAGUGCUGUGCCAGUGUAAGGACGAGGUCAGCAGGAGGCUCUACAGGCAUGGUCUGGAGCCGUGUCCCAUCUGCCUGGGGCAGCCCAAGGAGCCCGUCUGCCUGCCCUGCAAACACGUGUUCUGCCAMAAGUGCAUCAGCCAGUGGCUGGUGCCAACACAGAUGUACUGCCCCUACUGCAGGGUUGCUGUGGAGGAUGAGGAGUUAACUGUCUCCGAGGAGCUCAGAGAUGCCAUAGCAAAGAACACCCUGUUCCGGCACUGGUGCAAUAAUUUCUUCAUAGACGUGGUCACCACCAUGUGCUUCAAGGACAACGAGCCCCCUGAGCCAGAGGUGAUCCAGAGCCUCCUGGAUCUGCUSUUUGUUCACAGAAGCCUCGUGACAGAUUUAGAUCACCGUGCUGUCUACACCAAAUUCCUGUCCCCGUUCAAUGAUGAGGUGGAUGAAACUCCCGUCAUCCGCUCGGUGAUGCUGAAGCUGCUCCUGAAGUACAGCUUCAAUGAAGUCAAAGAUGAUGUGCAGCGUUACCUGUCCCAGGUGGAGCACAACGARCUCCUAGAGACAAAUGACAAAAAAGAGCUCUACUUGCUUUUUGUCAACUGCUUGGAGGAUUCCAUGUGUGAGAAGUCUGAGGACAGCCUGGGAUAUGAGCAUGGAAGCAGCCUGCCUGGGGCCAGAUUUCCAGAGAAUUACCUGCCAGGGAGGGGCAGGGAGGCUCCUGAGGAAUCCUCGGUGGAAUACCUGCAGGCUGUGGCCGAGGUGCGCCUGUACCUGAGCAGGGCUGCAGAGCUCAUCUUCCACCUGCAGCAGCACACCAAGCCAGAGCAGAUGAAGGAGAAGCAGCGCUACCUGAAGAACGUGGAGAAGUUCUGCAGCCUGGCCAGGAACGACUGGCACUGUGUGUACCUGGUCAGGAGGAUUGCCAGCCAGCAYGGCAUGGAGUUUGCCCAGAGGCUGAUCACAGAGCCACGCUUCCACUGGGUGUUCCCAGCAGAAAUUCUGCAACAGGUGCAGGUGCAGCAGAGCCAGUCCAGCCACAUGGACCGGUUCCUGGUGUGUGGGGAGCGUUACCGAGCCCUGCGYGACGCCGUGGGGAGAGCAAUGAUGGAGGGCAYGGCCCUGGGGCUGCUGGAGGCUGARAAGGCCUCCAGCAGCUCCCCUGCUCUGGAAUGUGCCCACCUGCUCCUGGCCAUCUUCCGAGAGGUCACUGCCCUGUACGGAGCUGGGGAUCCCAGCCUGCAUCCCAAGCAGCAGCAAACACAGGCGAUGGCUCAGUUCAUCCAGAGCUCCCAAGUGCUGAACUCCCCGGAGCUGCAGCUCUUUGCCCAUGCCCUGGUGGAGAACACCCUGCCCGGCCUGGCCGUGGAGCCGCAGGGCUGGGGCCAGCGUGGAGCUCUGCUGGAGAUKGCUGUGCACRUGGCUGCUGUGCUGCUCUGUGGGCACAGCCCCCUCCUGCAGCCCCUCAGGAACCUGGCCUUCCAKCCACAAACCAUGCAGCACUCAUUUCUGCCCACAAUGCCAGAGGACAUCAUGGCUCAGGCGAGGAAAUGGGAGGGRAUGGCUGCUCUGCACUGGUAUGCAUGUCCCAAUGGCCACCCCUGCACUGUGGGAGAGUGUGGCCUCCCCAUGGAAAUGAGCCGCUGUCCUGACUGCCAGGCCCCCAUCGGAGGCCUYGAGCACAAACCCCUGCAGGGUUUCCAGCUCUCCAGGGAUCAUAGAGACAGAACUCAAACUGGCCACAUCCUUGGAAAUGUUAAGGACAGAAGGACCCUGGGAGUGUCUGACCGGGGCAUGUCCCCCGUGCUCUUUGUGCUGCUCCGUUUGCUCACUCACCUGUCAAUGCUGCUGGGAGCCACCAGAGACCUUCAGUCCCUGGAAGGCAUGAUCAAGGCGAAAGUGGACGAUGUGGUGAACUUCCUGCAGCAGCACAUUCAGGAGGACUUGGCACAGCUGAUGAGGAUUUUGGGGAAGAGUGUGGAUGACACCCUCAGCAUCGUUCAUCUGGUGCUCUGCAGCCUCCUGCAGGCCCCCCAGCAGCAGCCAGGCCAGUGGCCGGUGGAGUUUGAUGAUGUUCUCUCCACCAAGGAGGAGAGAAACAAAUGGGAAGAAAUGGUKGCAAACACAAUCAUUGCUCCUGAACUGAAGGAUUUGGAUAAGAAGCUUCUGAAGUUAAACAGACAGAUACAAGAGGAUGAGAGAAUCUCUUCUAACCCCAUUGUGAAAAUAGUGUAUGGGGACCCAGCUGCAUUCCUGUCCCGGCUGCCAGGGGACAGCCACAUCCAUCACUCCAAGAUGUGGAGCUGCCGAAAGAGGGUUUCACUGGAGAACCUGGGCCACGUUGUGCAGCAGAAAAAUGCCAAGGACAGCGUCCCUCUCCUCUGGAAGUUCCUGCAGAAGGAAACUGAGCUGAGGCUGGUGAAAUUCCUACCAGAGAUUCUGGCUCUGCAGAGAGACUUGGUGAGGCAAUUCCAGAACACAGCAGAGAUCAAACGCUGCUCCAUCAGGGAAUUCCUCUGGGAACCCCACUCAGGUGUGAUGAGGGACCUUCUGGAGAGGAGAGUGAAUGUGUUUCUGUCUGUCUGGAACAAGCUGAGAAGCUCCCUGGACACCAAUGGGGAAAUCAAGCUGCCCAAAGGCUACUGUGAUGCYGAGCUGAGCGUGGAGAGCAGGCUGGAGGUGCUGCUGCCGCGGCGSCAGGGGCUGGGGCUGUGUUCCACUGCCCUGACCAGUUACCUCAUCGGGCUGCACAACGACUUCGUGCACUCGGUCAACAGACACAUCAAGGAAGAUGAUAGGUAUUUGAUCAGCCCCUCGGAGGUGGCCGACCUGCACCUGAUCAGUUAUGAGGUGGAGAGAGACCUGAUCCCUCUGAUCCUGUCCAACUGCCAGUACAGCAUGGAGAAGGGAGGGGAGACCUUGCAGGACUUUGAUCUGGAGAGGAUCCAGCAGCAAGUGAUCAGCAAGUUCCUGCAGGGGAAGCCGCUCAUCACGCUGACAGGAAUCCCCACCCUGGUGUACAGGCAUGACCGCAACUACGAGCAGCUGUUCAGUGAUGUCAGGAAUAAGCUGGAGCAGAGUGCUCUGCCCAGUUCUGUGAUGAACAUGAUCAGUGGGGAGCUGCAGUCCUACAGUGAUGUGUGUGAUGCUCUGUCUCUCACUGAAAUCACCCUGGGCUUCCUGGCCAUGGCUGGUGAGAACGCUGAGAUGCCGCUCACCGACUACAUUGAACAAAUUCUGCAGAUGGGGGACCAGACAAACCCUCACGUGCUGCAGGCGCUCAGGCGGUGCCAGCUCAGGCACAGCAUGGCCCUGUGGCAGCUCCUGUGUGCCCGUAAAUCUGAGCAGCUGCUGCGCCUCAGCAGGGAUCCUUUCGCAGACAUCAGUCCAGACUACAAAAARGAGCUCACGCCAGAGCUUGCCAAGCUCCUGCACACCUUCCUUGUCCACUCAAGGCUGGAAACCUUCCUGCAGGAGCUGCAUGAAAUGAUCAUCCUGAAGCUGAGACGUGUCCAAGCUGUGGAGGAAUUCAGACCCACGUGGAGCCUGAAGGAAUCAUUCUUGCCUUACCUUGAUGCCAAAGACUCUGAAUUAGUUAUGGAACUGGAAGACACAUUCCCAGAUGAGAUUCUUCUCUCUCAUGUCUCUGCUACCUGGAAAGCAGCCGCUCUCUUCAAGCGGGAGCACAGGGGAAGUUAGGACAAGAAACUGCCAGGAAACAUCUGUGUUGGGGCUUCUGGAACUUUGGGCAUUUGUUUGGGGGUUGUUGGUUAUUCUUUGGGUUUGGGGUUGUUUUUGCACAUGAUGUGGAGAGGAGAGGUGGCCGUGGAGCAGGAGGGUGAAACAGAUGCAGCAGUUCUGUGUCAGUCCUGGCUGACCACAGCCCCAGAGCCACCCGAGGAAGAUGAAGGACUAUUUUACAAACCACGCUGCCCUGGUGCUGGGACGGCGAUUUACACAGUUUUUCACUCUGCAUUUCUGCCGGCACUGGGAGGCAGAACCGGCUGAUGCCCAGCACCGCUCCCUGCAGCUGGGACGGGACCAGGAGGGACUCGGGGCUCCUUCCCUGCCUUAAGGGCGGCAGCCGCUCCCCGCUGCUGCCCCGUGCCUUUCCCAAUAAACUUGUUCAUCUCCUGCCUCCUUCCCGGCU